AUGGCAAUGAGCGAACGUUGGCAAGUCCAAGUUCUCGCCAUUGCGAAGAGGAUAGAAAGCGUGAGUCACCGACCACAUCUCACAAGCCACAAGUUUGCGAAUCUUGACGGUGGUGAUCGAACGUCGUUCACCAACGAAACUUGUCCAAAAGUCUCCAAUAACGUCCCGCGUAGUGCGAGAGUCGGCGCACUUGAUCGUCGGACGAUGGACGAAACAGUCGAACUAACUCGGCGGGUUAGGUCGUCAUGGUCGAACUUGCCCGUCGGUCCAUUCUGA